GUACGGGCGGUCCUCUCACGCGCGGCACCCGUCGCAGGGCUCGGGAGCGCCGGCGGGGAGGAUGUGCUGGGAGUCGAGGUCCCAGGAUCGGAGGGGGCCGGCCCAGCAAUGCAGAGCUGCCCCGGGCAGCUGCCUCGGGGCGCACCACGGGCGCCUCCCAGCGCCUGGCGCGCCCGGCCCGGACGCAAGGCCACUACUCCGCGGGUGGCCCGGCCUUGCCACCGACACCGCCGGCGCGGGGCAGCUCGCACGCGAGCUCCAGCCGGAGCAACUGUUGAGACAGGCGAGCCCCUGUCCCUGA